AAAUUGUUUUUGUUAAUUUAAUACAUAAUACUUAUAUAUUAAAAUACAAACAACCGAUAAUAGUGAAAAGCGCACAAAAGCCCGCAUGCCAGAGCUACGCACACUGCAAAAUAUUAAAGAAAAUGUGAGGUGCGCAUAAAACGGGAACAGGUCGUCACGAGACCCAGCGUUUUAGAUUCCUUUUGGAGGUGGAAGAAGAGUAACCAUAAAUUUGGACUCUCCUAUGCAGCCAUUUGGCAUUAGCUGUGCAAUAGGGGUCAAGUUUGCGCCCCCAAUUUUAGUGACAAUUUGAAGAGCAUUGGCAGAAUGGGCGAUCUGGGCAUUUGGCAGGAAAUUGGGAUUAAUGCUCAGCAUGUGUGUGAGUCAGGCGGCGGCAUUGACAGCCAUGGCGAGGGCGCUGGACGUUAUCAGUUGAUAGUGGAUAAGGCCUGGCUGCAGGCUUUGGAGCGUCAACGAAAACUAAUACCUUUUACGGCAUGGCCCCAAUUGGAUAGGCGGGCACAUCCGACAGGCCCCCUCGAACACCCCUGGACGCGCAUUUUGGUGCAAACGUACCGCAAGCAGCCCCAACUAAAGGCUUACUCACUGCCGCAGUGCAUAGCGAGCGAGUCGGACGCACAGUCCGAGUUUCCACUCACAUAUUCCCAAGCGGUGGCACAUGUGGCGAACCGCAACUUCAAGCAGCUGUGGGAGGCGGCUUAUAAGCAAUAUACGGGCGCUCAUGUCAAGCUGUGUCGGCCUACAACGACAAGCGGGAAGCAGUUGCUGCAUUCCCCCACACAACAGGGCUUACUGCCACACGAUGCUGUGCUCAAAGAGCUCAUACAAAGGAUCUAUGCCUGCCCCGUGCUGCAUUGUCAGCUGGAUCGUGUUGCCCCCGGCUCCACGGCAGUGUCGCCCGAUAGCGCUGAAAUAAAUAGUGGCAGCGAUUGUCACCCGAAUGUGCUGCCAGCGCUUGUUGCAAUAGAAACAUCCACACACUUCAGCGUAUUCUACUAUCCGCCAGCAUUGGAGUGCAGCCUUUACGACUGCAUCACCUACAGUCCGGCCAUAUUGGGAAAGGGCUACAACAAGACGCUCUUCGUAAUCUACCAAAUCUUGCAGCUUGCCAAACACUUUCAGACGAUCGGCCUCUUCCUGGGAGAUCUGCGUCUGCAGCACAUUCUCUUACGCGACAAUUUGUGGCUGCAGGUUCAACCACGCCUGCUCUGCAAUAUGCUGCAUGAUGCCGCUGCCUCGGCCCAGGACAUGUCGCCACUCUCGCCAGAACCGCCGGAGCAGAUGGCACUCGCUGAGGAUCUGCACUCCAGCAGCACCACAACUAUGUUCGAUCUCAAGCUGGCCUACGAUCCGGCGCAGUUCACAUUGCGCGAAUAUUGCGAGCUGUGGUGCAACGGCCAGCUCUCAAACUUCGAUUACCUCACCAUCCUGAACAAUGCGUCGGGACGCAGCGUUCACAAUGCCGCCCACCAUCACAUCAUGCCGUGGGUAACCGAUUUUACAGCUCGCAAUGGCGCCAACUGGCGCGACCUGACAAAGAGCAAGUAUCGCCUCAAUAAGGGAGAUAUACAUUUGGAUCUCAUGUACGCGCAUGGCAGCCAGCAUGCUCCGACUUCCGACGGCAGUGGACUGCCCAUUCCAGUUGAUGGUGCACAGCAGGUUGCCCAUCAUGUCUCCGACUUCCUCUCAGAGAUCACAUAUUUCGUCUACAUGGCUCGCCGUACACCGCAGUCUAUUCUCUGUGCGCAUGUGCGGCCCAUUUGGGUACCGGCCGAGUAUCCUGUGUCCAUACAACGUCUGCAGGAAUGGACGCCCGAUGAGUGUAUUCCAGAGUUCUAUUCGGAUCCGCUCAUAUUCAAAAGCAUUCACGAGGAUCUGCCAGAUCUGGAACUGCCCACAUGGGCAACUUGCCCGGAGGACUUCAUAUGCAAGCAUCGUGAGGCCCUGGAGUCCCAAUAUGUCAGCGAGCGACUCCACCAUUGGAUAGAUCUGAAUUUUGGCUACAAGCUGAGUGGCAAGGCGGCUAUCAAGUCGAAAAACGUCUGUCUCAGCAUGGUUGAUCAGCACCGCAAUCUCAGUCAGCGUGGAAUUGUGCAGCUUUUCACGCAGGCACAUCCGCCGAAGCGUUGCUCCGCGCCCUGGUUCAAUAAGGCAGCACCCCGAUUGGCUCAACUGUAUGGCCCAUCAUCGUCGUCGCGUUCCCCAAAGUCCUCGCACAGAUUGCAGGCGCCUGAAUCGCGGCGCUUGGCCAAAAGCACAGAUAAUCUGCAUUUAAGCAAUGGCAAUGGUUCGGAUAAAAGCACGCCACGCAUGUCGUUGCGUCCCUCCGAUGAAUCAACAACCAACAGCAGUUCCAGCACCUCGAGCUUCUAUGCCACAACCAACUUUAUUGAGCUACCCGAGCACUAUAAUCCAACGGUGCUGCUGCAAAGUCUCGAGACCCUCGAGACUUUUUAUGCACGCACGUUUCCGCAACAGCAGGCCACGCCUAAUCCGGAGGAGAAAAUGAUCUCAAGCGAUUUGCUCUUCGAAGACAAUUCAGCGGAAUCGUUCACCAAUCAGCUAUUUGCCGGCGCCGAUGCGGAAGCAUCAAGCAAAUGCAAAAACCUCUUAGCUUCCGGAACACGCCGACAACGCUGCCUCCAGCAGCUUCUGGCGGGACGUCGGCAGCGCGAACUGCAAGUGCUAGGCUGCCUCAUUGUCGAGCUGUUUGCCAUGCAACGUCUGCGUCCGUUGCUUACGGGGAACGGACAAAGCGCCAGCUUCGAGGCCCGUCUACAGGCCUGUCGCACCGUCGCCAACUUGCAUCGCCAGGAGCUGCCGAAGUGUGUGCGUUUUGUGGUUCGUUUGCUGCUCCAACUAACUGAGGAGCAGCCGCAGCAAUUGGGAGUUCUGCCGCAGCCCACAAAUGCCGCUCAGCUGCUUGAACCGAUGUUUGCCAACUGCCUGCUGCCCUUUCCCACACACUUCUAUGCCAUUUACGGUCUGGUACGUGCUCUGCACGCCUUUGACUUCGACUCCACUCUCCUCGAGCUUCACACGCACUUUAGCUGCAAUGGCAAGGAGUGCGCUCGCUAUACGGAUAUUGAUCGACAACGUGUCCUCUUCCAACGCAAAAUAGCCGAAUGCAAGGUCAUGUCCUGUUAUGCGCAUCUGCGUCGUCUCCUGGAGCCCGUAGCGUACGAACAGUUCGCGCCCAUCGAGCUGCUGCUGCCACAUAUUAUAGAUCUGCUCAAGGACGAACGCACCUCCAUACUGACGGCCUGGAAUCUGUUCGACCCGAUGGCUCAGGCUCUGGGCAUUGCACAGACCCAGCAGCAUUUACUGCAACCCAUCAUGAAACUCUACGAUGUCGAGUGUUUCGAACGCGGCAUGACUUCCGUUCGUGUUGGUUCUACGACGGGCGUGACGGUAGCUUCUGCACUGGGCGCCGGUGGGUCUGGCCACUUAACCGCCGGUCUACGUUUCUCCACCAGCAGCUCCUUCAAGUCACGCAAGUCCGUAAAGCUCUAUCAUCACAGCUUCCUGUUGCGACUAAUCGUGCGCUUCGGCCUGAAAUGUUUUCUGCAACACUUUAUAGCCCCACUUAUCGAAGCUGUGGGUGGCUACAAGGAGCCGGAGCAGGGCAAUGGCUUCCAUUACCACAACGACGCGGAGCAGAAUAGCGAUAGUCGGCGCACCAGCAAGAAUCUAAGCUAUGCAGCGGCGGACGAAAGAGAGGUGGAGCCUGAGAGCUCGCCGGUGCUGAUUAAGCCAGACAUAGAAGAGGUUUUUAGCUUUGAGGAAGAUGCCGCCUCCGAUCAUAUAUCGAACUCCGGCACCGCAGAGAACAAGUCCAUAGAUUCAUUUGAUAUGCGUGGUGGCAGCGCUACCACCACGGCCGAGGAGGCAAAGGAGUACGAAAGCGAUCCGGACAAGCUGGUCAUCAAUGAGAUCAUCUACGGCUCUAAACUCUCUCAGUCAUCAUUAGAAGAACCCGAUAAAUUAUCACUUAAAAGCCAAACAGCGGAGUCCCAGCAACCACUAGCCCUCCAUCUGAGUCCACGCUCUCCCACCAUUGAGAUACCCGAAGGCGCUUUCCGACGCAGUUUCCAACUAAGCGCCAUCGACUGUGACAUUGGCUCGCGUAAGAGCGUUGAUUCCUUUGAGCUGAUCACCCAAGCGGCAGAGCAAGCUGUGGAACAGGAAAAGAUGCCGUCCACAGAAGCCUGCGAUUCAUUGCAGGCUUCAGUUAUCUCAAAAAUGUCCGAAGCCAAGGCGUUGCAGAAUAAUCGUAUCAGCGAAAUGAGUGCCGAAAGUUUAGUUUGGCUCUCCCAUCGACUGGGCCCCGCCCUCACGUCCCGCUAUAUCACAAGAAACCUCCUCAAAAUGCUCUCCCUCUGCUAUGUGGGUCAAGAGAAUCUCCUGCCCGAGUCGCCCGAUGCAGACGAAUCCGGGAACCUAAAUUACUUCAGCAUAGCCCAGGCGCGUGUGGUUGGCGAUCGGAGUGCGUCCCGCGUCCUCGAGUGCCUCGUCUCCAUUGCAGCGCUCUUUGGUGAGCCCUUUCUCCUACUCCAAUACUUUCCGCACAUCAGCGAGCUAAUUGCGCUCUGCUCCAAACGUAUAACGGGCAGUCUAGAAGGUGCGAUCAUCAGUUCGCUGCAGCUAUUUAAGUACAUGGUGCCGUGCCUGACGGACGCCAGCAUAAUGGAACAUCUGCAAGACACUCUGCUAGAUGCCAUCUUGCUGCCCAUUCUGCGGCUACUCAGUUCGACGAAUCUGCUCAUGCCCAGCGGGUAUUUGGGACGUUCGCUGCUGGCUCGGAAAUUCCUGGACGCCAUUUACGCAUUGAGCGUUCGCAUAGGCUCCGAUAUGUCGAAGGAGCAUCUCUGCCAACCACUACUCUGUCCCUUCUUCUUGAUAUUCAACAAAGCUUAUGGGCUGCCCGAGAACUUUACCAGCAAUCUGGCUAACUUGAUACUGGGAACUGAGGGCGAAAAAGAGCGUGCUGUGGAAGAGCUGCGUGACGUCUUCGGACCAGAAUUGGCGCACACAGCCUAUUUGGCUUUUCUGAGAUUUCUUGGCGAGGCCAUCAUGCAGCGAACUCUGAACGUAAAUCUGGAUUUUGUGCUGAGUCUGUGCCAUGAGUACGAACAGCCCGAGGGUUCGAAGGAUGCAACGCUCCUGGCCACCGCCAGCAUAAGCGAUGCGGACACCACAGAUGCUCCCUGCGAGGUGGCCAACAGCUUUGGCACACAAAUCGUUGGCAAUCGUCUGGAGGUCGCCAGCAAUAGCCACGGAGCGUUGGGGCCCAUGGAAGUGCUCGACAUGGUGGCGUAUAAGUUCGAUCAGCUGCCGAGCACGCGGCAUCUAAAGGGCAACUGGUUGGCCUACUGGCGACACGAAAUCACGCGCAGCGACAAGGAUAAUCACACCUUAAAUGUGAAGCAGAUACGUCUGCAAUCGUUUGUAGGGCAUACAAACUCGGUGCGCGCCAUCUAUGCACUGGACAAUGAAAACAGCUUCAUUUCGGCCUCGAAGGACAAGACCGUGAAGCUGUGGUCGCUGCGCAGCGAAGGCGAUGGCCGUAAAGCUAGUGGUUGCCAGUUCACCUACACGGGCCAUAAGAAGUCCAUACACUCACUAAGCUUUCUGGAGUCUUUGCGGUAUGUGGUGUCCUGCGAUUCGGGCGUGCAUUUGUGGGAUCCCUUUAUAGGUCGACCUCUGGGCAUAUUGGAUGCGCCGCGUCACAAUGCCAUUACGGUUGUCAAAUGCCUGCCCUCGCACUCCCCAUUGGUAGUGGCAGGCACAGCCGAGUCUACGGUGAAGAUCAUCGAUGCCCGCACCAUGCAGUACGUGAACGAGUGGCGCGUCUGCAACGCAACGUUGCCCAAUGCCACGGUACGUUGUGUUGCGGUGGCACCAUCCGGCAAUUGGUUGGCUGCCGGACUCUCCUCCGGCGGCAUUGUGAUGCUCGACACACGCACCGGCAUGGUCCUCAACUCCUGGCGGCCCAUCGAGUGUGAUCUCUUACAGCUGGCCGCGCCCAAUGAUCAGCAGCUGGUCAGCUCCGCCUUGGACCACAGUCUGGCCGUCUGGCAUGUGCCGGACGGAAUUCUACAUUACCAACUCAAACCACCCCCUGAGCCGGCGCAUUUUCUUCAAACAUGCUCUUCGACGCUCAUUUACGCCACCACCGGAAAUCGGGUGGGCGUCUACGCGGAUAUUGCCAAUUCGCAUUCCAUUAACACAAUCACCAAACUGCGUGCCGAAUCCUUUCGUGGCGUGCUAACAUCCCUGGCUGUACUGCCGUUGAAUCACGUCUUUCUGGCCGGCAAUGAAAGCGGCAACAUAACACUACUCUGCUAGGAAAGACUCUGAAGGAAGACUUUAAAGAACGAGCUUGAUGAACCCCAAGAAAUCUCAACAGUUUCAUUUGCCAACCAGAGGAAAAGUAUCAGAAGGUAGCGCUGAAACUGUAAAACAAACAUACAUAUACAAAAUAUGUAUGUAUGUCUCCACAUCUUUAAUAAUAUAUUAUAAGAUUAAUUAUCUACCGCACCUGUGACCUUUUGUUGACUUUUUGUUUUAGUAUUUGAUUUCAAUAUAUCGCACCAAAUAUUAUUUGUAUGUAACAAACGAAAUUAUAGUAUAUACUCACACAAAUCUAUACACGAUAUAAAGAAUAAGGCUUAACCUGGACAAUGUAUGUAUAUUAUAUUAAAAUGUAUUCAAAUCAUUCCAA